CACCAGAGUUUGGCCUAAACCCAUCAGUGCUGCCAUUGACACGAAGGAAUUGCGAGCUCGAGGUUCCAGUUUCCCCAUGUUUCGGGGUAUGUCUGCAGUCCAACGCAGCUCAGAGACUGAGACGUCUCAACGCACCAGCCAACUUUGGAGUUUGUGACACAAUUCCAGUCCAUUACCGACGUUGUUUCACGAAUUAGAUUACUAAGAGAGAGACGUAAAAGUUUUACCUUAUUUAUUUAUUUAUUAUUAUUAUAUUGUAAUUUGGAGAACGGGAGCAGAGUCACUGCGGUUAGUGAGAGCACGAAGAGCUCGAAGAUUUUGCGAUGGCGAAGACUCCCGGACCCGAGACGGCGAUGCCACAAGCACCAGCUGGGCCUAAACCGAAAGCCACGGUUGAUGUGCCGAAGAGAAAGGAAUUGAUGUCGAGGUACGAUUUGGUAAUGCUGUUCGCAAGGGAAGUGCCGCUUGCAAUGGCGCAGCCUAUUCCAGAGGGGACGCCGAAGUCCACAGUUUUGGCGCUGAAAGCGAAUUCCGCGGUGAAAGCUGCUGCGGAAGGAUUGGAACAGGUGACCACUGCGGUCGGGAAUCUGUUCCAUAGAGUCUUACCGACUGCGUCCUCGAAUGGGGAUUUUGUCACGCUGCAAGCCGUUGUCACAGUCCAAAAGAAACUUCUGGUUUUGGAUCUGACUGACUUGAUCGCCGACAGCGGGGACGACGUCGCUGAACUCCUUGGACAACACGUUUCCAUCAUGCUCGUCAGCAACAAGCUUGAUGCAAAAACCAAGAAGGUGCUAGUGAGCGAGGAUGUGCCAAUUAAGGACUGGGCGAUGACGGUCGACAUGUUGUACCCAACUAAUUUCAGAUUCCAGAUGGAGUUUAAGGUUCCUAAGAACUUCGGCACACCCGGCGCCAUCAUCGUGAUGAACCGUCAUGUCCAUGAAUUUCUUCUCGUGUCGUUCUCAGUCCAGCUACCUGACGAAAGGGUCAUUAACUUCCCCAUUGACUCGUGGGUGUACAACACCAGCUUCAAGACUGGUCGUGUUUUCUUCAGUAAUGAACUCUAUCUACCGACAGAAACACCGGAGGGUUUGGUGGGGCUGAGGAAGCAAGAGCUGGAGAAUCUGCGAGGUGACGGCAAGGGCGAGCGGAAGUAUCAGGAUCGAAUAUACGACUACGCCACCUACAACGACUUGGGUGAUCCAGACCUUCACGAAUCCUUGAAGAGGCCCGUGCUAGGAGGAUCGAAGGAGUUUCCUUAUCCGCGGCGGAUUCGAACUGGUCGACCUCCCUCGCAGAAAGAUCCAAAAUCAGAAAGUCGAGGGCAGCUGUUAGCGCUCUUCUACAUUCCGCGCGACGAGAAAUUCGACCAAGUUAAAUUCUCAGAUUUCGCCGCAGAGACACUCAGGAGUGGGCAGCACGCCAUCGUUCCUAUUCUGAAAAGUGCAGUCCGUGAUGGAGACCAAGAGUUUGGUAGCUUCGGCGAAAUCAUGGACAUGUAUGCAGCAAAGAAAGCUCAGGUGGUCACUCCGUCCAAUCUCACCCCUCAAGCUGCCCCUAACGCAUCUACGGCAGGCACGACGACCCAGAAUCCCUUAACAUUCAUUCACGAAUAUGCUUUCCCCUCAGGACCCGACACUAAGCUCCUCACAUUUCCUUUACCUGGAGUCAUCGCAGCUGAUACUCAGGCCUGGUCCACAGACGUGGAAUUUGCUCGGAGGAUGCUCGCAGGCCUCAACCCGCUCGUCAUCACUUUACUUAAGGAGUGGCCAAUCAAGAGCAAAUUGGACCCUGCUCAGUUCGGCGACCCCAUUUCCGCAAUAACGACCAAACACAUUGAAAGCGGACUUGAGGAUCUUACAGUCGAGAAGGCUCUGUCCCAGAAGAGGCUGUUCAUCAUGGAUUACCAUGAUACCUUCCUUCCCUACGUCAAUAGAAUCAAUGAACAAAAAAAGGGAUCGACGUACGCACCUCGAGCCUUGGUAUUCUUGACAAACGAGAAAAUCUUGAUGCCUCUUGCCAUUGAACUUACAUUGCCACCCACUAAAGAAGUUGGCAAGAAAAGCCGCGUGUUCACUCCUCCCCCACCAGGCUCUGCCAAAGACUGGGUGUGGGAGCUCGCCAAAGCUCACGUCUCUUCUUGCGAUUUUGCAUAUCACGAGCUCAUCAGCCACUUUUUGCGCACACACGCUUGCAUUGAGCCUUUCAUCAUCGCCACCAACCGGCAAUUGAGUGUUCUCCAUCCAAUCCAUAAUGUGCUAGUGCCGCAUUACAAAAACACUAUGGAUAUAAACGGCGCUGCAAGAAAAGCUCUCAUUAAUGCAGGUGGGAUUAUUGAGCAGAACUUCACGGCAGGGAAGUACAGUAUGGAGAUGUCCGCAGUUGUGUAUAACCUGGACUGGAGGUUUGACGAGCAGGCCUUGCCUGAAGAUCUCAUUAAAAGGGGGGUGGCGGUGCGGGAUUCAUCUGCGAAGCAUGGAUUGAAGCUGGCAAUCGAGGACUACCCCUACGCAGCCGAUGGACUUGAGAUCUGGGAUGCCUUGAAGGAGUACAUGACAGACCACGUGAAGAUCUUCUACAAGAACGACAAGUCUGUUGCGGAAGACACUGAGCUUCAAGCGUGGUGGACUGAGAUACGCACCGUUGGCCAUGGCGACAAGAAGGACGCACCUGGAUGGCCCACCUUGAACUCAAUCGAGUCGCUGAUUUAUACGCUGACAACGAUCGCGUGGGUUGCGUCCUGCCACCACGCCGCUGUCAACUUCGGCCAGUACGCGUACGCCGGAUUCAUGCCGAAUUUUCCAAGCAUGACCCGCAAGCUCAUCCCGGAGCCUGGUACUCCAGACUGGGAAAAGCUCCACGAGAACUCGGAGAGGUUUUAUUUGGACUCCAUCUCCAACUCAACUCAAGCUGCUAGCAUCAUGUCCACCAUUGAGAUCCUGGCCACGCAUGCGAUAGACGAGGAGUACUUGGGACAGCGAGCAACGCUCAACUGGAGCAACGACGAGAAAGUCCUCAAUGCUUUUGCAAAGUUCACACAAAAGAUGGUUAAUGUUGAGAACCUCAUUCAUGAGCGUAAUGCAGAUAAAUCUCUUCGGAACCGGGCAGGGCCAGUGCAAUUACCUUACGAGCUUCUGAUCCCUACUUCCGGCCCUGGGCUCACCGGGAAAGGGGUACCCAACAGUAUUUCCAUCUAGGAUGGAUUGUGAGGCAGUGUAAGUAGGAGUUGCCUCUCCUCUUUGCAUGGCAAGUGGUUCAUUUCAGGGAUUCUAAUCCGUAGUACCAUCCACUUACAUAGCCCUCCGAUGGCAUGUACAUUUCUGUUUUACACAUGUUCCAUAAGAACUUGGUAAACAUAUAUUGCAUAUGUUGGAUACAUAUAUAAUAUGAGUACAGUACACUAGUAGAACAGUUGUGUCUUAGGCAGUUGAACAACAUAUGUACAAAGCUGUAUACAUUAUUAUCAAUGCUACUAAAGUCUUACUUGAACAACAUAUAUAGAGAUCUGUAAACAUUAUUGUCAAUACAGUUAGUCUUACUUGAACAACAUAUAUAGAGAUCUGUAAACAUUAUUGUCAAUACAGUUAGUCUUACUUGAACAACAUAUAUAGAGAUCUGUAAACAUUAUUGUCAAUACAGUUAGUCUUACUUGAACAACAUACAUAGAGAUCUGUAAACAUUAUUGUCAAUACAGUUAAAGUCUUCCUCCA